AUGGUUGAAAAUGACAUAAUGCUGGUAGAGCUGAAGACGAAAAAGACACUAUACCAGUUGAAGAAAGGAGAAGAAAAAGAAGAAAAAGAAGAAAAAGAAGCAGCAGCAGCAGAAGCAGCAGCAAAAAUCAAACAAACUUCAUUUGGAGAAAUCAAAAAGACACUAUACCAGUUGAAGAAAGGAGAAGAAAAAGAAGAAAAAGAAGAAAAAGAAGAACAAGAAGAAAAAGAGGAAAAAGAGACAUCAAAGGAAUGUCAUUUAAAGAAACCGCUAAAGCAAAAGAAGAAGAAGAAGAAGAAGAAGAAGAAGAAGAACAAGAAGAAGAAGAAGCAGCAGCAGCAGAAGCAGCAGCAAAAAUCAAACAAACUUCAUUUGGAGAAAUCGUUAGCUUUGGAAAAGAAGUUAUUCCAGCUGAAGAAGCACAAAAAGGAAAAGAAGAAUUGA